UGUCAAAGCAGUCGCUGGGGAAGACGCUGCUGAGGAAUGUAAUCCGCCACACAGAUGCCCACAACAAGGUGCGUUUGAGCUCAUGUGUUUGUGUGGGAAUACACAGUCAGUGGUACUCCUGGGCACACCUAGCUGAAACUAAUACAACAGAUCCAGGAGGAGAUGGAGAUGUGGAAAAUGCGCGGCUGGGAGACGCAAAUGUCACACCACAAACAUUUGUCAGAUACAGAGAGUGCGAGGGGGCGAAUGCACUGUGAUCGAGUGCCAGAUCAAGCCAGAGACCUGAGCCAAAGCAGAGAGAGAGUCUCAGAACAUGAUGACAGAGAGGCUCGAUACUGGACUCGAAAACUGUAUGACUUUGAGUCCAAUGAUCCUGACAGGUGGGGACAUAGCGGCUUCAAGGAGCUUUAUCCGGACGAGUUUGAAAGUGACAGUGAAAAAAACAGUGGCGCAAAGAAGAUUGGACGCCACAAAAUGAAAAAGUCCAAGUCUAGCACAGACGCAAGCUUAUCGAAACGAUCGAAAAAAUCCUCUCGAAAGAAGAAGAAGAAAAAGAAGAAGAAAGACGAGGAGGAAAAACGCAAGAAAGCAGAGUGCGAUAGCAGCAGCGAUAGUAGCAAUGCUACCAAAGACAAGCAGAGGAGGAAAAGGUCUAAGAGUCGGCAUAAAAACAAGAAAACGGCAAAAACCAGAGGGAGAGACGAGGACAGUAGCUCAGGGGACAGCAAUAAUGAAGAAGAAAGGGAGAGGCGGACUCACAGUCGUAAAAAGCGAAAGCAGGACUCCCACAAAGACUCAGACUCAGGGCCAAACUCAAAGAAGAAGAGGAGGAAAAACUGGAAAGCAGCAGGCGAGGAGAGCUCACACGGUAGUUCUGGAGACUGAAAUGCACAGACGUGAUCAGACGCUUGGCUCGGGUAAUGACCAAGAAAACUACAGCUGAUUCCUUUUGUCAGCCUUAACUUCACAGAGGGCUUUUGUCUGCAGGGCCAUUCUGUAUUGUAUUUAGUUGGACAUCAACAAACCUGUGCUGUCAGUCCUCUCUGUGGGCGUUCUGUGCACCAAUACCUCAUCCACCUCUGCAGGGUCUUGAAGCAUACUGCACGGCACUGCAGACAGCAUGAAGAGAGAUGGUGGGGUUAUCCACCACCUGCCUCAUGAAGAAUUCUGUCGGCUGCGGGCUCAUUGAUUUGAUCGACUCUCGCCUCAGUCUGCCUCACGAGCAGAUCUCCUGUCCAGAAUGAACUAUUUUUUUUAUUAUUACAUAUUAAGAAAAAAAGACAAAUUAUGCAACUUCCCUCAACAAUAAUGAUAGAAUGUGCAUUUGCUUUUAUUCAUGAUUUUUUUUCUUUAGUUUUGUAAAUUUUAAUAUUUGUAUGCAGCACAUUGUCAUAAGUGAAAAAUAAAUGUCUAUUUUGCUUAA